UUCUUCUUUUCUCUUGCCUAUAAAAAAAUUAUCUUUAGUUCGAAUAUAGAAACAAAAUAUAAAAAAAAAGGGAGAGAAAGUGAAAGGAGCAGAGGAAGAAAGGAACUUGCAACUAGGAGUAGAGUCUGAAGCAACACUUAAGAAAAAAGCUUUAGUUACACCUACCUCUGUGACUCAGUAUAGUCUUUUCUUUUAAGCAAAAAUCACAAAAUCUCUCCAUCAGAGAAUCACACCAUUUUUUUCAGAGAAUUCCAUUAUUUUCACCUUUUCUGGUCUCCAUUUCUGUGCCUAAACAGAACACAAAAAAAAUAAAUAAAUAAAUAAAAUAAAAAAUUUCAGCUCUUAACAGUGUAUGCUAACUUAAUGGGGUCAAUUCAGACUCCAUUACCAGUUCGAAGUUCAGGGUUACUUGAAAAUUCUUGUGGAUAUCUGCUCCAGGAACUGCAGAUGAUAUGGGAUGAAAUUGGAGAAGAUGAAAGUGAAAGGGAGAAGAUGUUACUUGACAUUGAACAGGAGUGUCUGGAAGUCUACAGAAAAAAGGUUGAUUAUGCAAACAUGGCUAGAUCACGUCUGCAUCAGGAACUGGCUGAAUCUGAGUCUGAAUUUACUCAGCUUCUUCUGUCUCUUGGCGAACGGUCUCUUCCUGAAAGGCCAGAGAAGAAGGCCGGCACCCUGAGACAACAAAUAGAUUCACUCACCCCAGCAUUAAGGGAGAUGAGGCUAAGAAAACGAGAGAGAAUAAACCAGUUCGAAGCUGUUCAAGGGCAAGUACAGAAAAUUAACGCAGAAAUAGCUGGUCUUUCUGAAUAUGAUGAUUCUGUAUCAGCUAUGAAAGUCAAUAAAAAUGAUCUUUCAUUGAAGAAACUUGAGGAAUACCAAGCUGAGCUGAAAAAAUUGCAAAAUGAGAAGAGCAACAGACUAGAAAAGGUGGAACAGUAUUCUAGCCGGAUCCAUGACCUGGCUGCAUUAUUGGGUAUGGAUUCUUCAAUGACUAUUACAAGAAUUCAUCCAAGCUUAAAUGAGUUGUGUGGCGGUAUUGCCAAGAAUAUCAGUGAUAACAUUUUGGCAAAACUUGAAGAAACUGUAAUAUCUCUAGAAGAAGAAAAGCAGAAGCGUAUUGAAAAGCUUCAUCAUUUAGGUAAAGCAUUGUUAGACAUGUGGAAGCUUAUUGAUACACCAGAAAAGGAGCGCCAACACUUUUUCCAUGUUGUAAAUUUAUUGGCCAUCCCCUCUGAACAAAUAACAAAACCUGAAAGCCUCACCGUUAGCAUUAUACAACAGGCUGAGACUGAAGUAAAGCGACUAGAUGAACUAAAAACAAGCAAGAUGAAAGAACUUUUUGUCAGGAAACAGUUUGAGCUUCAAGAAAUAUGCAGUAGAUCGCACAUGGAGAUUCCUUCACCAUCUGAAAUGGAGAACAUUACUCACCUAGUGGACUCAGGGACAAUCGAUCUGGUCCAUCUUCUCAAGAGCAUGGAUGAACAGAUUACUAAAGCAGAAGAAGAAGCGUUGAGCAGGAAAGCCAUAAUGGAGAGGGUAGAGAAGUGGAUGUUGGCACGUGACGAAGAACGAUGGUUGGAAGAGUAUAAUAGGGAUGAAAAUCGAUAUUCAGUAAGCAGAGGUGCUCACAGGAAUCUAAAACGUGCAGAAAAGGCCCGAAUUACUGUCACCAAGAUUCCAGCUUCAGUAGAUAUGUUGAUCUCAUUGACUAAAGGUUGGGAAGAAGAAAGAAAGAAAGUGUUUUUAUAUGAUGAGGUACCUCUGCUAGCUAUGUUGGAAGAAUACAUCGCAUUGAGGCAGGAGAAGGAAAGUGAGAAGCAAAGGCAAAGGUUGGAAAAGAAAAAAGUAGCAGCUGGGCCAAACAAUAUUUCAUGGAGUCCUAGACCAGGCACCAGUGCACGAAGUGCACCAAACAGGAGUUUAAGUGGUACUUUCAAUGGUACCUCUCCCUCACACAGGAACUUGAAAAAAAGUCCGGCAAACAGGAGAUUGUCAUUGGGUGCACAGCAUGGAGGAUCAAACAGUUUCAACCUACGGAGUUUAGGCACAUCGUUCAUACAGGAAGGCACCAAGCCAUCAACACAACAAAUGUACGCUCGAUCAGAAUAUGGCUCUCACCUAAGAGACGAAACGGCUUCAGUUGUAUCAACCUACUCGGGGCCUUUAUCUCCUGAAAGCUGAGAACACUCUUGUAAGAGUUUGUGAUAUAGCAUAGAUCUGAAGUUUUGUGCAAAAAUAAAAUCAGAGAUUGACUGACAAACCCCGGACCCUUGUUUUCCCCGUAUACAUACAAUCUCAUAGUCCCGUUUUUGAAGUUCUCUGCAUUCAUACAGGAGGAAUUAUAUGUACAAAUUACUAUGUAGUGUUUUCAAUGGACAAGUUUGUGUAAAAUAGAGCUCUCUCUUCUAAACUUACAGUACAGCUCAGCUCAUUAAACUACUAUGCUGCCGACAAGCUAAUUUACUAAGCUCUUCACUGCACUUAAAAGUACUCUCCAUAAAUGAAUCUGACAUCUGGACACUUUAACUAAAACCAAAAUCAUGCUGAAGUCCUAUGUCACUCCAAUGAUUGUUGUACCUGUAGUUCCUAUAUUGGAUCUUUGAUUCAAGUACAUGUAGAAUACUUCAACUGAUCAUCUGAAUUCUGAUCCACCGUCCGUUAAUACGAAAUCAUUUAAUGAUAUUGUCAAAUCUAACACU